CAAACUUUGUCCGGCUUUUUGCCAUCCGGGAGAAACCGGCCAGUGUGUUACAGCCUGGGGGCCUUCCUUGGGAACCACUGCCAUAGACUAAACUGUCUGUCUGCCCAAUGGUUAUGAAUGAGAAAGUGAGAAUCUGUCAGUGUUAUCUUUUACCAGGACUAAUAAAGUUAUUGUUUGAAAGGAAAAAAAAAAAGAAAAGAAAAGAAAAAACCCUGGCUCAGUGCAGCUCCCAGAAGCCUGCGCGGCACGACGUGAGAUCCGGAGACGACGCUCAGGGGGCGGGUCCGGCUGUCUCCACGGAAACCACUCUGGCUGGUGGGCUGCGGCCUGAAGGGGCUGACACUGGGGAGAACAUGUCUGCAUUGGAGAAACAUUUCCACCUGGGGCGGCUGCCCCCUCGGCCUCCCAUGCCUGGAGGUCUGCAGUCUGGAUCCAAGAUGAGAAUGGGGCCUGGAAGAAAGCGUGACUUUUCCCCCGUUCCCUGGAGCCAGUAUUUUGAAUCCAUGGAAGAUGUGGUGGUUGACUGUGAAACUGGCAAAGACAGCUUCCGUAUUUACAAGAGUGGAUCGGAGGGACCUGUCCUGCUCCUGCUGCAUGGUGGGGGGCACUCUGCUCUCUCCUGGGCCGUGUUUACUACUGCGAUUAUCAGCCGCAUUCGGUGCCGAGUUGUGGCAAUAGAUCAGCGAGGCCACGGUGAAACUAAAGUAAAGAACACUGAGGACCUGUCUUCAGAGACGAUGGCCAGGGAUAUUGGGAACGUGGUGGAAGCUUUGUACGGGGAUCUGCCUCCUCCCAUCAUGCUCAUUGGUCACAGCAUGGGCGGCGCGAUCGCAGUGCAUACUGCCGCUGCUAACCUUGUGCCGAGUCUGCUGGGCCUCUGUAUGAUUGACGUUGUGGAAGGGACGGCGAUGGACGCACUGAACAGCAUGCAGAACUUCCUGCGCGGCCGUCCAAAGACAUUUAAAUCGCUGGAGAAUGCUAUUGAGUGGAGUGUGAAGAGUGGGCAGAUCAGGAAUCUGGACUCCGCCAGAGUGUCCAUGGCUGGGCAGGUCAAGCAAUGCGAGGAAGCCAUGACUCCUGAAGGGCCAAAAGCCAUAGUAGAAGGAAUAAUUGAGGAGGAAGAGGAAGAUGUAGAAGAGAACGGAGGGCAGUCCAUUAACAAGAGGAAGAAGGAGGAUGAUACAGAGGUGAAGAAAGAGCGCCCGUAUACCUGGAGGAUUGAGCUGUCCAAAACGGAGAAAUACUGGGACGGGUGGUUCAGGGGCCUUUCCAACCUUUUCCUCAGCUGCUCAGUACCUAAGCAGCUUCUCCUGGCGGGGGUGGACAGACUGGACAAAGACCUCACAAUAGGACAGAUGCAGGGGAAGUUCCAGAUGCAGGUUCUCCCACAGUGCGGCCAUGCUGUACAUGAAGAUGCUCCGGAUAAAGUCGCUGAAGCUGUUGCCACGUUCUUAGUGCGUCAUCAAUUUGCAGAACCAGUUGGGGGCUUUCAGUGCGUGUUCCCGACCUGUUAGUAGCCUGCAGUCUGUGUGCACAGAGUCAUCAUGUAAAUAUUCUGCUCCAGAUGCUGACGUGAUGUUGCUGGUUUGCUACGUGAACCCUGGCACAGCGGAGAGAUGCCGGUGUCCUCUGUCCGUACACGCAAAUCAAUAUAGCAGCCACGUGUCCAUGUUUAGUUUUUAUUUUCUGACUGGGUUUCCACCCGCGCUGUAUGUGAGCACACAGGCACCACGCAGCUGGACCUCGGAGAGCUGCCAAUCCGCUUCCUCUGAAGUGACGAAUAACUGCGCCGGAUACUCGUCCAGCUUCCAGACAGUAUUCCUUACGCUGACUACGUUCCGGAGCGGAGCCCCCCGUCUGGUGAGAGAGGAAGCGCGAGCUGUAUAAAUAUCCGCUCUAGGCCAGCGUUAGUCUCCUGAUCUGCAUUCGCAUCAAAGCUUAAUGAAGUCCUAGCACAAUAAGCGCCGGACAGCGGAGUAUUGCCCAGCAGUGUUCUGGACCGAGGGGAUCGCAGGCUCCUCCCGCAGAGCAAUACUAUGUGGUGUUCAAGUUUUUCCUUUCUAUUUUUUUUAAUGUACUGUAAUAUUUAAAAAAAUAAUAAUAAAAGUGAGCGUCAUUGGCCGCAAUUCUCUGUAUGGCCCUCACCUUUGGGAA